CACAUUUUUUUUAUUUUAUUUUUAUGAGUCACACACUAUAUAAUGUUUCAACCCUCACAAUUACAAAGGACCACUACAAAAAAAAAAUGCAGAAUCAAUCAAAUGUAAAAACGUGUAUGCAUGUCACCUCAUUCUUAGAAUAUUCCAGAAAAGCCUGCACAAUAAUAUUGUGACAAUAAUAUUAAACACACGGUGUAUUAUUUCCGUGUGACAAACUCCGUACACGUGUAAUCCGCAUAACUACAAAAUGAAACUACUGUACUCAGCUGACAACAAGAUUAAACAUUGACCCCUGUCAUUUUCAACACGCUAUAGGCGUGUAUUAUUGAUUCAUUAUACGCAUAGACAGCUGCUGAUGGUGAUCCAGAGCUCAUGGAUGUGAACAGCCGAUAACAAACAGCACACGAAAUGUUUUUAGGUCAAUGAGUAAAUAAUAUUAUUGAGGUUCUAUUCUAGAGGCGAGCGCUGGAGCUGGAUGGGAUAAGAGACCUUGAAAAGCCAUACACAUACCAAAGGCCAUCAACACCAAAGGUUUGUUACCGUGCAGUUCAAAGAGCACCUUACAUUAAAACCGCUCUCGUAACGCUGAUGCCACAAAGUUGAGUAGAGACUGACAUUAACUUGAAAGCACACGGAGAUCUACCUCACGACAACCAAAAGGUACAUCGGCAUCUUAAGAAGUCUUUCAACAAUUGAAGUGGGCACCGAUUGUUGCACGCCUACCCUUAAGCAUUGUAGUAGAGAACACAAUUGGUGGCGAAUUAUAGUGUCUUUUGUAUUGCGGACAAAGCCCACCCUACGGCCUGGCAAAAGGCCCAAACGUAUAUGGCAUUUGCUUUCAGCUUUAAUACUGUUUUUCUUAGCCUCGCCUGCAGUUUAUACCAAAGUACUGUACACUGCUUAAAGUACACAUCUAUGGUACUAGAAGGUAAAUAGAGAAGGAACACAUGCUCAUCAAGGUCGGUUAGUUCCUUACUCUAUGGUUGGGACCAUAGAACAAGGGUGCACCGUAAAGUUAAAAUGUCCACAUCCAUGCACUGAUGAGCCAACCCGAUUGGACCUUGACACAACGAUAAGUAGGCUAUAGUCAACUGUUCGAUUUGGAGUUAUCAGUUCCCCGACAGUAUCGAGCCACCUCUCCCACGAGUGCCUCCGACUCUGCUCUUUGCCGUGCUCCCAGGACACCGUCUUUCCACCAAGUCGGGGCCCCGUGCCGGGCCCCCACUGCAGCCGGGCGAGAGCCCCGCAGACCGAGGUAUUUGAAGUUAAUUCCUUUUGUAGCUCGGCUCCAAACGGACCAGUAGAGGAAGUAAAAUAUGGAAAAUGGAACAGGUUAUGAGGAGGUGCAAGAUGCUGUCAACUGCUCUCAGGGGAUUCCCAGCUCAAAGGAGAUGGUUUUACUGUACAUGUCCCAGCCAUGGUCACAAGCUUUAAUGAUUACGAUGGUCAUCGUUAGUAUCCUAAGCUGCCUCAUGUACGUUGAGACGGCACUUAGCAUUAUGAAAACCAUGCGCUAUGGUGAACGGAGAGGCUAUACCAUCUUCAUCUUAGGACUAGUUCCGGUGCACAGCUUGACAUCACUGGCAAGUAUCUUCAUUCCUAAAGCAGCAAUACUGGGAUCAUGGGCGGCCAGUUUGUACAUGGCAGUGUCUCUAUAUAUCUUUCUGAUGCUAAUUUUCAACUAUUUUGGCGGACCUGACGAGAUGGUUGUUAAGUUAGCCACCACGACGAUCUCCCUUGCACAGCCCCCUCUAGCAUGCUGUUUCCCUUGUUGCUGUAGGAAGAUCAGACUAACAAUGCCUCAUUUACAUCGAUUGCGAGCUGCGGUGCUUCAGCUAGCCGUAGUCCAGCCGAUGACUCUCUUUGUAACUGCUAUCCUUUGGGCAGAUGGGCUUUAUAACCCCACUCAGAUAGAUGCAGAAUCAGCCUUCAUCUACCUCACUGCCCUUGUUAUUGUGUCGACACUGACAGCGAUGUAUGCAUUGACCAUCAUUAACGUAGCUGCUAAUGCCAGCCUGGCAGCGAUGUACGGCAACUUCAGGCUCAAGUUCUCGCUGCUCAAGGCUUUCAUGAUCAUACCAAGCGUCCAGUCACUUGUGAUUAGUAUCAUUUCCCAGUCCAUCUCUCUGCCUUGCAAGGGGGUGUUAUCACCCAGUAUUAGAUCGACUUUGCUGUACAACUACCUCAUUAUUGUGGAGGUGUUCUUCAUUCUGUUGUUGGGACGUUGCAAAGUUUUCUUCAGCCGUAUUGACCAGCCGCUCCACCAGGCUGAACAACCAGACUCUCUGAACAGAUCCCAGACCAAUCACCGCUAUGCGGAGGUCAGAGACCUGGCUUCACCUAUGUUGGACAAGGACGGGAAGAGGCCUAGCUUCCCCACGAAUCUGUUGGAUGUGGAGAAGGCGAAUGAGGCCAACGCUACUAAGUGGAUUGUUGAGCAACAGAGCCGACAACCUCAGAGGGAGAGCGAGGUUUGAAGGACAUCGUCGAGAAAUGCUU